AAAUUAAGUUAACUAAAUUGGUUGAUAUAUAAAUAGAUUCACUUGUAUUGAGCAGGAUUUUAUUUUGAAACAGUAUCAACUUGAAUACCUUUAAUUGUUAAUCAUGAAUUCACUAAUCUUUACUCUGGUAAUCGUUAUUAUCGGUUCCAUUGACUACACUGUUGGUGGACCAAUAACAUUUGUUAUUUCUGGAGCUGAAAUGAAUGAAGUUUGUAAUUUAGCCCAAAAUUUGACAAUCAAUGGAUUAUCUCGAGAUGAUAUUUCCAAAACUUUGGAUCGUCAGUUACAUAAGAUAUUGGGAUUAACUGGAUCUUUGAAGAAAUUUCCAAUCGUCCGUUACACAGGUCGAAUCAAGUCACAUCCGAUGCUUCGUUAUAAACGAGGUGAUGAAACUUACAUUGGAUCAGGUACACAUUCAGGGGAAGGUAAUACCGAUGCAGAAGAUGCAUCGGCUGGAGCAGUUACACAAACUGGAACAUUUAAUUUCAACGUUUCUGAUUUGAUCUACAUUGUAAUCGAUGCCUUGAGUUUAAAGGCCAAGAAACGAUGUCUUCCCAGUCAAUCACUUUGCUCUUCAAUUGUUUUACCUGAGACAAUUGAUCUACUUGAUCAAGAACAAAUUUUAUCAAUUAUCGAUCAGUUCGUUCAAUUACAGAACUCAUUAAUCAAUUGUGAUUCAUCGUAAUUAUUUACUGUCUCAAUAAGGGAGAGUAACAAGAUUACGAAAUAAAAAUUGAAAAUUGUAUUAAUAAAUUUGUCUUAAUAGGUUAAUCCAGUAUUUAAAUUAAACUUUAAUUUAAUCAGUUAGUAUAUUUUAAUCAUAACCAUGGCGAUAAAUUAUCUCAAUAAUAAUCAUCGAUAGGAUUUGAAAGGUACAAAAUCAACUUAUAAAUAUUGAUAACAUUUAUGUAAAUACAUUUCUCAAUCAUUAAUUAUACUUUUAUCAUAAUCAAAUUUAAAUGUUAAGCAAAUACACAAAUGUUAAACUGCCUACAACUAAUUACGAUUAACAAUUAACAACGAUUAAUCUGUGGUCUAAUUUUACCAUCCAGAUUAAGUUAACUAAAUUGAUUGAUAUAUAAAUAGAUUCACUUGCAUUGAGAAUGAUUUUAUUUUGAAACAGUAUCAACUUGAAUACCUCUUUAAUUGUUAAUCAUGAAUUCACUCAUAUUUACCCUGGUAAUUUUUAUUAUCGGUUCUAUUGACUACUCUGUUGGUGGACCCGUUUCAUUGGUAAUCUCUGGAUCUAAAUUGAAUGAAGUUUGUACAUUGGCUCAAAACUUGACAGCUGAUGGUGCAAAUCGAGACGAUAUCGCCAAAAUUAUAGAUGCUCAACUACACCAGAUAUUGGGACUUACUGGACUCUUGAGGAAAACACCAAUCGUCCGUUAUGUGCGCCUAAAUAAAUCCAACCCAAUGGCUCGUUAUGGUAAACGAUCCUUACGACGUGGUCCAUACAUGGGAUCAACUACACAUUCAGGUGAACGUAAUGAUGCUUCACCUGCAGAUACUGAUGGAACUACACAAACUGGAACAUUUAACGUGAACAUUUCUGACUUUAUUUACCUGUUGAUCAAUGCCUUUAGCAGAAAGUUAAAGGCUCGUUGUCUUCCCAGUCAAUCACUUUGCUCUGCAAUCGUUUUACCUGAAAAAGUUGAUCUUCUCGACCAGCAACAAAUGGUAUCAAUUAUCGAUCAGCUUUUCCAAUUACAAGGCUCACUAAUCGAUUGUGAUUCUUCAUAAAUUGUAAUCUUUUUGCAACAGCAAAACUAAUUGACAAAUAAAAUGGAUUAACUUAUUAAUAGUUG